UGACAGACUAUUAAAGGAAUCAACACUCAAGAGUUGCCGAAAAUGACAGACUCAAUGAAAUUCGGACCUGAGUGGUUGCGCAAUAUGUCGGCGGAGCCCUCGAGCAUUGGAGCCAAUAAUCUAUCUGCCACUGCGGGUGGCGGGUCAAACAGUGGCCUUUCAUUACACAGCCUGGGUAGUGGUAAUAGCGGAGGAGCUGGAGUUGGCGGUGGAGUCAAUAUGGUGGCCAAUCCAAGCCAUACAUCUGCCAAUCGUAAUAUGUUUCCGGAGUACCGUUACGGUCGGGAGGAGAUGUUAUCGUUAUUUGAUCGAAAUUGCCUUCUGCCUCAGAUUUUGCCAUCGUUCAAAAAAUUGUUUAUUGAAAAAGUACAGUAUCCGCUUGCUCUAACGCCGAGCUCUGAAGAGGAACCAAAUAGUCAAAGUCAGCUGAGCAGUAGCUCACGCCCUGCCUGGUUACAACGUUCACCGGGAGCGUUUGGUAUACCAUCUCGAGGCUCAGGUCGGGGUGGAAUCGUAGAUCGUGGCCGGAUGCGAGGGAAAUCGGUUUAUCACUCAAUAUACCAGAGAUCAAGCACCAUUUACGAUGACAGCAUAUCGGCUAUAUCAAUGAAGCCAGAUCGAAACUGGGGCGAGCGGAAUGGUACUGGGGAUUCAGCGGCUAUUGGUACCGCCACUGGAAGUAGUGGUGGCAGCGUUGGUGGGGGCCCCGGGGUAGACUGGAACGGUACACCGAACUCUAGUCCACGAAAGGACUUCUCAAGCCAAUGCCGUAACAUGGAAAAUUGGCGCAGAAAUCGAAACGAAGAUGGCUCUGGCGACGGACCAAAUUCUGGCGGAACAUUAGGCACGGAAGUAGCUGGAUGGCGCAGUGCAGGCGCCCACCGGUGGGGACGUUCAACCAGCUGGCGCGAAGAGGAACCAAUGCAGUCUGGGAAUAUGGAUAGCAAUUCCUUCGUUGGCAAUCCGGGCAUAGCUAAUAUACAACGAUCCGUUUCGGUGAUUGGAACAGUCUCUAAUGAGCGAACGAGCGCCGUUAAAUCACAGAUUGGGUCAGCUGGGCCAGGUGGACCAAGCUCUAAUCGUUCGAUGGGCUCCAAAGCAAAUCAGCCGUGGUCUGGAAGCGGUUGCUCAACGAAUCACGAUGGUGAAGAUAAUUUGCCAGAAUGGGCAAUGGAGAAUCCGUCGGAAAUGGGUGGCACAUUCGAUUCGACUGGUGCUUUCCAUGGCGAAUUGAUGGAUACCAAGCCAGGCAAGACAAAUAGUACUGACUCGACACACAAAAAGGCCAUGGAUGCGAAUGAUUCCAAUAGUUUUGCAGAAGCUACCUCGAUAGAAAGUGGGCAAUUAAUUCAAACCGAAAACCGUACCGAGCAGGGAAGGUCAGCGCGUAUUGAAGCGCAAUCUGUAAGCUCAACAACAAAUAGCACUCUAAGCAAUGCCACCAAUGCAAACGAAUCCGUUAUCACCAACAAUAGCAAUAGCAGUAGUAACGAAUUAGACGUAAGAUCGGACACAGCUGAAUCAACGCCCACGCACAAAGCGGAGGCAGUUGGUCACAGUGAUAUUUCGGAACGCUUCAAAGAGGUAGCCGAUGAGGUUGAGAAACUAAUUAUGGAUGAUGAUAGUGGUCAAGUUGAUGCUGUCAAUAGCAGUAAAACAAGUAUUGUAGGUGAUAGCAAGAGGUAUGGAAUGGUGGGAUCAAUUGUUGAGCCCGGUCAACUUCAUCACCAACUCGUUGCUCCUGACCCAGUAUCGACUGCAAUCAUUGCAACUGAAUUGUCCCAUAAACCGUUCAACGACCAGCUUGCCAUCCAGCAACAACAGCAACAGCUUCAUUUACAACAGCAUCAUUUGCAACCCCACCAUAUACCCGUGCUCCCACAUGUGAUGAGUGCAAGUCCGAGCGAAUUAUGGUUUUAUCGCGAUCCACAGUCGAAUGUACAGGGCCCGUUUAGUGCCAUUGAGAUGACAGAAUGGUAUCGUGCCGGCUACUUUAAUGAGAACCUGUAUGUACGCCGCAUUUCGGAUACUCGUUUUAGGCCACUUGGUGAUCUGAUUAAGCUGUGUCAUGGCAAUAUGCCGUUUACGCACAACCAUCUUCUACCCACACCCAUUGAGUUGGAUAAUUUACAAAUUAAUCUGACAACCCGCAAACCUGCGAUGCUUGCAUUGCCCUUAUCACAUAACGAACAUCAACAGCAGCACCAGCAUCUUCGCCCUGGCAAUGACGAGCAAUUGAAAGCUAAUGUUACGGCAGCUGCAGAUUCUUUGAGUGCGGCAGUAAAAGGACAUAUGAGCGCACACACAAUGGACACAUCCCACUUGCUAACCAUGCGUUUCCAAAUGUUACAAGAUCAAUACUUACAGCACCAGGAGUAUCAAAUACUAUCUGAGCUAUCGAAAAGCGAUUGUUUUCAGCGUCUGGAUCCUGCUCAGCGUGAAGCCAUUGUCCGUAGCAAGGUUCAGAUGUUGGUUCUCCCAGAAUAUUUGAGUAGUUUUAGUGGCUUAAGCAAUUCGCUAGCAGCUUUAAACCCCAUUGCCGGCAACCAAUUGUAUGAUGCAAUCGCCCAGCAGGCUAAAAAAGAUCAACACCAGAUGUAUCCAGUCGACGCUGAACGGCGUCCGGAGGGCAACUUUUUGGAUGCUGAUGAUUUUAUAUUGAAUGCACAAUUGAUGCAUCAACAGACCCAGGGACAGAAUCCACAGCCAAUUAAUCUCGAACAGGUGCAGCAUCAAUUUGCCUCUGAUUCGGACACGAGCAAAUUGAAUGAACUGCACGCCAAUGAUCUGGACAUUUUAAACGAAUACAACUUGCGAAUGUUGUUGCGAGGUCCGCCAACAGCAUCUGCUGUCAGUCAACAGCAGCAACAGUCAUCUCCGUUGAUCAAGCCAAGCUCCACUGUGGAUUUUAUAACAGAGUCGCAGAUCUUGGCUCAAAAUCUUAUGAUUCCCAUAUGGCCCCAUCAGCAACAGCAGUCUGCGCAAUCGUCGUGGCCAGCCAUGGAAAACGCAAAAUUAUGGGACGUUGCUACCUUGGAGGAGGAACAGAGCCAGCAACUAUUACUCCAGCAACAAAAGCGACAUCUUCCUAGUCAAGAUGGCAACAGCAGAUGCACAGCAACUGAGCACCUGAAUUUCGAUGCAGCACAGCAACUGCAACAGCAGCAGCAGCAAUGCAAGGACGAUCAAUGCAACCUAAAGAUUGAGCAGCAAAUAGAACUCCAAGAGCAGCCAAUAGCACUGGACAGCAUCCCUACACACAACAAAGAUCAACUGUCAGCCCAAACAAUUGCUGGCAAGCAACAAGUCAACAAACAGCAGCAACAACAGACGGCUAGUCAAAAACAAGGAAAACAGCCGGAGCUGAAAAUAGGCGAUGAGGAGCGCCGCCGAGAGCAUGUGGAAGAGAAGCGUCGCAUCAAGGAAGAACGUAAGCGUCAACAGCAAGAGGAAGAAAAGAGACGUGCCUUGAUAGCCGAAGAGGAAAAGAAUAGACAACAGCAAGAGGAAAAGGAACGCCAACAGCAAAUACAAGCUCAACGCCGCAAGGCUUUGUUUAGCAAUAAUCCUCAAGCUACCACUAGCUCUUCAGCUGCGACAGGAAAUAAGGCAAGCGGCUUAAAGAUAGACCAAGGAAAUCGUUCAUCGCAUGCUGCGUCCAUUGCCCCAUGGUCUUUGCAAACGCCCAGCGCGAACAAUAUCGCACCAGGAUUAGCUGAAAUUCAGAAAGCUGAACGUCGGGAACGGCGAGCGGAUCAACAGCGACAGCAGGAGCAACUGGACAAGCAAAUGCGCGCUACAGCUGCAGCAGCAGCCGAGGCUAAUGAUGCGUUGCUCAAAUGGCAGGCAUCGCCAGCACCUACACCCGUUAUGAGCUUGGUGGACAUACAGGCCGAGGAAGCUAAGCGUCUGGCCAAUGACCUGCUGGAGCAACAGCGUCGUCGUGAUAAUGAACAGCAGCAGCAGCAGCAGCAUCAAGUGAUGUUAUCUGCCAAUCUGACCGUUUCUGGUGGUAGUGGACUAUCAAAUAUUUGGGGCAGUGCCAACAAGGCAUGGAAUGCUACUGGUAGUCCAGCUCCAAUCGCCCCCGGCCUGUGGGACGAGCCAAAGCCUGUUCAACCAGGGGCCACCAAUAAGAAGUACGUGCCACCAACUGCCGCCUCAGUGCUUGCCGCCGGCUUGCCAGUAGCCGUAGCAUCAACCAGCAAACCGCAGUCGCAAACACAGCUGAAGUCAACAGCCGGUGGCAUAGCAUUGUCAUCGCCUCGAAAUUUGCGUAAGAGCCAAACAUUGCCGACAAUGCAGAAUGUAAUAUCAAAAAAUGUCAAAGCUUCAACUGGGCAGAACUCACAUCAGUCGGAUAAAAAUAAAACGGUUUCAAGUAAAGCAGCUAUCAAGUUAUCAGUCAGUGAGGAGAGAAAGUCGGUUGUCAAGUCGACUGCGCAGCAGCCGAGCGGCGACGGCUCAAACAGCAAAGUAAAUGAGUAUGAGAGUGAGUUUACUUCCUGGUGUAUGAAGAGCCUAGAAAAUAUGUCUGCUAAAGUGGAUGUACCAACAUUUGUUUCCUUUCUGCAAGACCUGGAAGCGCCAUAUGAAGUUAAAGAUUAUGUACGCAUAUAUCUAGGCGAAGGCAAAGAGUCAUCAGAAUUCGCAAAGCAAUUUUUGGAGCGACGUAGCAAAUAUAAAAGCUUGCAGCGUGCCCAAAAUGCACAUAACGAUGAUAUGUGUAAGCCGGCUCCAGCUAUAACGCCAUCGUGCAAUGAUAAUGGAGACAACAAGAACAAGCAAAGGAAAGUUAAGAAAAAUAAGAUGACCAAAUUGGAUGCUCGUAUACUGGGCUUCUCGGUAACAGCUGCUGAGGGUCGCAUAAAUGUUGGAGGUCGCGAUUAUGUUGACGGGCCGUAACUAUGAGAAUAACUGCUUAUAUAAAAAAGAACAACAAAGUUAUUAGAUAUAGAAUUGAAAUUUAAAACAGGUCACAAUUGGAUGUGGUAAUAAAUCUGUUAUAAAUAAAAGCG